AGCUUUUACGUGUCAAUUGUCAGUUGUCGUUUUCCAUGUUUUGUUUGGUUGGUGGAGUGGUUUGGUCGUGAUGGAUUCGCCUUUAACUCAAGAACAGGAAAAUGCAACAAAGGACUUUAUCGAAAGGGUCAACUCAAAAUUCAGAAGAAAGUUCGGUACCACACCGGUUCCCUGGUCAACUGCGGUGCGAUUUCUCUAUGCCCGAAAGUUUGAUGUUAAUCGUGCGGUCGUCUUAUUUGAGCAGCAUGAAGCAACCAGACACCGAGAAGGCCUAAAUAAAUUUGACCCCACCGUGGAGCCUCUUCAUAGUGAAUUAUUGACCGGAAAAUUUACUAUUUUGCCAAAAAGAGAUAUAAAUAACGCUGCUAUUGCUGUGUUCACUGCCCAUAAACAUGUUCCUGCAAUCAGCACUCACCAGACUACUCUACAGGGUGUCGUUUAUCAACUCGAUGUGGCCUUACAAAACCCUCUGACUCAGAAGUCUGGGAUUGUGUUUAUAUAUGACAUGUCUAACUCAAAAUAUUCAAAUUUUGAUUACGAAUUGUCUCAGAAAAUACUGACCAUGCUUAAGGGAGGGUAUCCAGCCAAACUGAAGAAAGUGCUCAUAGUGACUGCGCCGUUGUGGUUCAAGGCACCGUUUAAAAUUCUGCGUCUGUUUGUAAGGGAGAAGCUGCGCGAACGAGUUUAUACAGUUUCCACCGCUCAGCUACAGGCUCAUAUACCUCGCGAGUCGCUGCCCACUCAGCUGGGCGGCUCACUCGUCCUGGAUCAUGACGAUUGGCUGGAGCAUUGCCUUGCCUCCAUGAGUGCUACAAGAGGACAUUCUCCUUCAUCACUCAAUAAUGACCAAACUCCUUCGCCACAGAAGUGUGUAAAGGAUCUGGGCGACGUUGAUAUUACGGGGGGCAAAGACGCAUCUGUAGAAACGUGGUCUUCUGAAGAAGCCAACCUGAAUCCUCCUUCGAGUGCAUCGAGCGGUUUCAGCGACGACGACUCCUUGCAUGGAGAUGGGGCGGCGAUCACAAUGGUACAGCUCGUAGAUUUCGUUAGGCAUCGCGGAAGGCCUGGGCUUAUACAGGAAUACGCCGAAAUCCGGUCCAGACCGCCUGAUGGAACUUUUAAUGUUGCCAAGUUGCGAAACAAUUUGCCGAAGAACCGUUACACGGAUGUGCUGUGUUACGAUCAUAGUAGAGUUAUUUUAUCUGAAAUCGAUUGUGAUAGCGAUAGUGAUUACAUUCAUGCGAAUUUUGUGGAUGGAUACAAACAGAAAAAUGCUUUUAUUAAUACUCAAGGACCUUUAGCAAAAACGACUCCAGACUUUUGGCGAAUGAUAUGGGAACAACAUACGUUAGUGAUAGUAAUGACCACUAGAGUAAUGGAAAGAGGCCGACCGAAAUGCCAUCAAUAUUGGGAAACAGAGGAAGGAGCCGAAAACACGUAUGGAUAUUUCAUUGUGCGAACAAUCGCCGUAGAGACCGAUCCGAACUAUGUAGUGACAACAAUUAGUUUAACCAAUAGAAAGACGGAGGAAACCAGGGAAGUGUCGCAUUGGCAAUUUACGUCGUGGCCCGAUUAUGGAGUUCCUGCUUCCGCUAAGGCAAUGAUCGAAUUUUUGGAUAGGGUGAGGAGGCAACAGGCGAGCAUGGUGAACGCUUUAGAGGAUACAUGGGCGGGCCACCCUAGAGGCCCGCCCAUUGUUGUCCAUUGUAGUGCUGGAAUUGGGCGUACAGGAACGUUUUGUACUCUAGACAUUUGCAUAUCGAGGCUAGAAGAUGUCGGCACCGCCGACAUACGCGGAACAGUGGAAAAAAUUCGAUCGCAACGAGCUUACUCCAUCCAAAUGCCAGAUCAAUAUAUAUUUUGUCAUCUAGCACUAAUAGAAUACGCUCUUAUGAAGGGGUACCUGCAGUCGGUCGAUUUGGCUGGAUUUGAUCAAGGAGUUGAGGAAGAAUCUGAUUAGUUAGGGUUUUAAUUAAAUAUAUCUAAUACUGUAAUUAAUAUACAAACGAUGAAGUUGCGGAAGUGGGUGUUUUGGACAUUGUGGAACGGGGUGCGUACAGCCGACAUUUUUUAACAAACUUUAAAGCUCUGAUGCAAUGAAUGCUUCUAAUUUCUCUCUGGACUCUCUCCUGUUUUAAAUAAUAAGAAUAAAGUAGGUACUUGAUUUUUCUGUUUUGUCUAGUCGUAUUUUCAUGUUCUGCGCUAUUAUAAGCUUAGUUCACCUGUAUUUUUUCAAUGAAAAAAAUCGCUGGUGUUUACACACUCACAGCAACUGGUAGCUGCUAUUACUUUCAUUUAAUUUUCGCCUUUGAAUUAUAGUAUUAGAUUCAAAAACGAUAAUUAUUGAUAAAAGUUCGAGUUGGAGCAACGACUUUGUUGUGAUUUUUUGGUUUGAAACUAAAAUAAUGACCCAUUUUUAGCAUCAUAAACUGGCAAAAAUAUAAUUUGCUUGAUUUGUGUCGGUUUACGAUAAAUAAUUACGUCGUGCUGAAAUGUCUUUAAACACCUACAGCGUCUGCAACUGGAUGAAUGUAAAAAAUUUGUUCAUUUGUUAAAAACAAGUGGUUACUACUUCCAUAGUGUGGAUUUACUCUACUCUUCUAAUACGCAUUGUAAAAUAAUUUUGAAGGUUUCAAUUUGUGUUAUUGAGUAAUUAUGCCUUAUUCGUUCUACCUUGUAGCUUUUAGUUUACAUGUGUAAUUUUAUAUGAGUAUUGAAAGUUUAACGUUAUUUUUAGAAUACACAUGUAUGCACUUGAUAACCAGUUUUUCGACAAAUAAUUUCAUAUUUGCUUCUUCUAAUUUAAGCUACUGAUUUUGGUCCCCAAUAGGCUGAACUUGGUUGGUACCCGUGGUGAGAAGUCGGUUUUGUUCACAAACCGACUUCUCACAUUCUGACUAAUAUCGAAUAAGACAGGCCCAUUUAAAUAAUAAGUGUUCCAAUGUUUGUUCGUAAUAAAGUAUAGGUGUCUGUAAUUUCUGUAUAAGUAAAUUAAUUCAAAUUCAAAUAUCUGUCCUGGACCCGAUUUGAACAAUACUAAAAUGAACAAGAUAUUUACCAAAAAGACUGUCCAACUUUUAAAUAUCCCCUUGAUUAUUAGUUAUGUAAUUAAUUAGUUAAUUGGUAUUUUGAAUACAAACUUUACAUUCAAAUUACAACAUUUAAUGUUUGGUAAAACGAUGCAUGUGAAAAUUGUAUUACUUUUGCAAAUAAUGUGAUUAUAUUAUUUAUUUAUGAUAAAAUCGUUUAAUGUAAAUAUUGUGAUUUGUUUCGUAAUAUACAAAUGCUUUUUAAUUUUUUAAUCGUA